ACGAAGUGCUCCAUCCUUGCCUCACGCCUGCAGCACUAUAUGAGUAGGAGGGCUCUAUGGUUGACUUAUGCUCGCGCAAUGCACCUGCUCGUUGCGCUCCUUGCAUCACGGUUGCUUACUGUGAAUUCGAAUCUAGUACCUAGUUGAAGAUGAGCGGCCCGAAUUCCUUGACCAUCUGGCUCACCAUUGGCAUGGGCUUGGGCCUGGUCGCCGCCUUGAUCGGCCCAACACCAACGCGGCUACCUGACAGACUGGCAGUGAUACCCGACUCUGCGGUGCAUAUCGACAACCAUAUCUACGACAAGGAGGACUUUGGCUGGGACGACGCUGAGCACCCGCUGAAGCUCGUCAAUGGCGCGCGCAUCCCCUACUUCGUCGACACCCUGCGCGAGAAGCUUGGCAAAGGACCGCUGAAGCUGCUCGAUGUCGGCUGUGGAGGAGGUAUUGCGACGAUCGAGAUGGCGGCCGCAGGGUUCAAUGUGACAGGACUCGAUGCCUCCGCAAUUUCUGUGAAAGCGGCCGAAAAGAUGGCAAAGGAACGCAGUCUCAGCAUUCAAUACGUCCAUGGCAGCGCGUAUUCGCUGCCGUACCAUGACGAUAGCUUUGACGCCGUCCUCUCCUCCGACGUCUUGGAACACCUGCACGAUGUCCGUCAGGCUCUAAAGGAGGUUACACGCGUGCUCAGACCCGGCGGCGUCUUUGUGUUUGACACUAUUAAUCGCUCAGUGUUUUCGUGGGUCGUCAUCAUCCGCCUGAUGCAAGACUGGCUUCGCUACAUCCCGGAGGCAGUACAUGAUUGGAAACUAUUUAUAACGCCUACAGAGCUUCGACGGGCACUACAAGAUGCUGGCUUAGAGCCUUGCCCUUCCGGAGCGCAGCAUGGCAUGCGUCCGACUUUCCGCCUGAACCCGCUAUCCAUCAGCCGCAGGCUGAUCAAGCAAGGCCCAGGAGCUUUUAUCGAUGUAUGGAAACAGGAUAUGUUUUUCAUGGGCGGUUCAUACCUCGGGUACGCAACAAAGCCAUAAUCUCAAAGAUCUAUAUCGAUGAAUGCUUAGCGUGCCGACGGCCCGUCUGUAUUAGUGUCGCUAGGAAGCAAUUUU